GUUGAUUUACGAAAGUGUUUAUUAUCAAUGGAAUCAAAAGUAGAACUAGGGCCAGCCUCAUCUUAUAUAUGUAUCUCAUUUCUUUAUUGUGCACUUUACCAAUUGUGCACUCCAUUGAUGAUAACUGUUUAUUCUGUAGACAGACUGGUGUCUUGGCAUGUCAAGGCUAUGCUCUUCGCAUAUGCAUGUUCAAGCAUAUGCAUUAUGGAAAGGAGGGGUAUAUCAAGGUGUCAUUAUUGUGUCCCCUGAUUUGAUCCUGUAUGGUACCAUCAAUGCCCUGUUAAUUGACAUGUUGAGGUUAAGAAUCAUGAAACAAGUCUUCAUCAACAGCCACUUCCAUAUAAUCAGGCUGCUCAAC